CCCCAGUCCAGUCCCCUCCUCCAGGCCUCCCUCUCAGCCUGACCCCUGCCUGUGCAGCCUCGGGGGAUCCUGGUUUGCUCCAGGCAGCAUCCACUGUGGAGAUUCAUUCCCCUGAGCCUCGGCCCCACCCUUUCCUUCCUCCUCCUCCCUCCUCCCACCACCCCACCUCUCUGCACUGACCGGCUCAGUCUCGACCGGCUCAGUCUCAGUGCUGCGGGAAGAAUCGUAGGGCAAACCACCCCUUGGAGAGCUGGUGAUGCUGGGAGGGAGCUGCAGGGACUCCCAGAAAAGCCACGAGGUGACAUACGACUCAGGACCCAGGAGCAUGACGCUUGAGGGGCGGGAGGCAGAUGGCCCACCACGAGCGACCCUGAUGCCCACAGCUAACGGCAGUGGGCCAAGCCAGGAGUUGGGAGGCCAUUGGCCAGAAAUCCCAGAGCGGUCCCCGUGUGUGGCUGGUGUCAUCCCUGUCAUCUACUACAGCAUCCUGCUGGGCCUGGGGCUGCCUGUCAACCUCCUGACCACAGUGGCCUUGACCCGGCUGGCCACCAGAACCAGGAAGCCGUCCUACUAUUACCUUCUGGCUCUCACGGCCUCGGAUAUCGUCACCCAGGUGGUCAUCGUGUUCGUGGGUUUCCUCCUGCAGGGGGCCAUGCUGGCCCGGCAGGUGCCCCAGGCUGUGGUGCGCUCGGCUAACAUCCUGGAGUUUGCCACCAACCAUGCCUCAGUCUGGAUUGCUGUCCUGCUCACGGUGGACCGCUACAGCGCCCUGUGCCACCCGCUGCGUCACCGGGCCGCCUCGUCCCCAGGCCGGACCCGCCGGGCCAUCGCCACUGUCCUCGGUGCCGCCCUGUUGACGGGCAUCCCCUUCUACUGGUGGCUGGAUGUGUGGAGGGACGCGGACGCCCCCAGCAUGCUGGACGAGGUCCUCAAGUGGGCUCACUGCUUCACGGUCUAUUUUAUCCCUUGUGGCGUCUUCCUGGUCACCAACUUGGCCAUUGUCUGCCGGCUGCGGAGGAAGAGCCAGAGUGGGCUACGGCCCCGGGUGGGCAAGAGUACAGCCAUCCUCCUGGGCGUCACCACCCUCUUCGUCCUCCUUUGGGCACCCCGGAUCUUUGUCAUGCUCUACCACCUGUAUGUGGCCCCCGUCCACCGCGACUGGAGGGUCCACCUGGCCUUGGACGUGGCCAACAUGGCCGCCAUGCUCAACACGGCAGUCAACUUUGGCCUCUACUGCUUUGUCAGCAAGACUUUCCGGGCCACCAUCCGAGAGGUCGUCCACGAUGCCCACCUGCCCUGCACGCUGGGGUCACGGCCAGAGGGUACGGUGGUGGACCCUGCGCUAAAGCCUCCAGGACUUCCCAGAGGGGCAGAACGGUAGAGGCAGGGCCCAGCCAGGGUGCUUGGGGGCGGCUCGGGGCCGGAUUUACUGCUGCCUUUGUGGUGUGUCCGCAAGACUUUAUCAACACCCUACUUCGCCAUCUGAGGGUGGGGCGGGGAAGGCUCCUUCCUGUGGGGGCGGCUCCCCAGGUGCGGGGGCGUCCAAUUUAUCCAACUCUCACAUUAGCUUCACCAGCAGUUCCGACUUCCUGGCCCAAGGAGAGGGCUCUGCCAGGCACAGGCUAAUAAAGUCAGCUGCUCUGGGCAUUCCUCUGUGGGGGACAUUUCACCUGGCACGUUAUGAAGGCUGGAUUAACGUGGGUUGGAUGAAUGAAUGAAAGGCAAGAUGGAUGGGUGGAUGGAUGAAUGGAUGGGUGGACGGAGGGAUAGGAAUAAUCUCCAGUCACCACCCCGCCCCCACUCCCCCAGAGCCUACCUCUCACUCCCUGAGUCAUCACUUCUCUGGCUUCCAGUGGCAAGGCCAGGAUGAAAGGAAGCCAUCAGUAGGAUCUCAGGUAUAUUCGAGGCUGGGGGAAGCCAUGAGUAAGGGGAGGGGGGCUUCUUGGGAAAAGGGGUGAUCUUAAAGCAGAUUAGGUGUCCCAGCCCUGGGGAGACACCACCCCUUGAGUCUCAAGCAUCCUGCUACCAUUCCAGUUAACUCCCUGCCCUGAGGCCAGAACAGGUUCAGGGACCCAGAAUAGCCCUAGGGUUUUCAUUGUUGCAGCUGAGGAGAUAGGAAAUGCCUCUCAGCCCUGGAGGGGGGGAUGGGAAGGGAGGACUCAGCCCACUCCACUUGGGGGAGGGCCUCUUACUGCACCACAGGAAGGAAGGCCCAGCAGAUCAGGUCCCCGGGGCUCUGCCCAGCCCCUCCCAGCCUCUCCUGGGCCCCUCUCUCCGCCAGGGUGCCAGCCCAGAGGAGCAGCUGGGAGAGAUUAGCAGAUGGACCUCCCACCUGCUCUGGGCUUUGGGUAAACACAUUAGUCGCUGCCGCUUUCUGCUUCCCAGUCAGUCAGGCUGAGCUGACCUUUCCCCCUGACUGGGAGGUCCAGGCUGGGGCCCACCAGCACCCAACCCUUUAGUGGGAUGGCCUAGCAGAAAGAGCCAAAAAUGCACGGGGCACACCGUCAGUGCAAAAUAAAUGCUUGGCUUUCCUCUUCUCCCCAGAAUGGGGGUGUCCAGGAGGGGACUUUCAGCCAUACCCAAAAGGAGAAAAGGCAGGCCCUCCAUCCUUUAUCCGUAAUUCUAAAGAGCUCUGAAAACCAAAACAUUUGUCCCAGGUUUGCCACGGUCACAUUUAGUGGCAAAACCUGACCCGACCUGAGGCAGGACGAGGGAGCGUGGACACAGUGGUUCCCUGCCGACUCUCUGCGGGUGUGGCUGCUGGAACCAAGAUCGAGCGUGUGGGACAGGCCACGCGUGACCCUUCUCUGUUCUGAAAAGUUCUGAAUUCUGGGACCCAUCUGGUCCCAAGUUCAGAGAGAGGAAGGGGGACCCCCAGGCACCACCACUGCUGGUGGUGCGGGGUCCAGGCUGACCCUGAGUGUGCCGGGGGCACGGAGCGUCCCCCCAUGUGCACACGGAUGCGCCCUUGGGCAGGAGUGGAUGCGCCAGGGCUUCCUACCUUGCUUAAGGAGGAGGGCAUGCAAGGACAGGUAUCCCGGGGAAGAGCAGGCCCUAUAGGUUGGGGCAAUGCUUCCCAGCCCACUGGAGGGGCCAAGUCUGCCCUACAGAGGGAGGCACUGGGAAGAAAGUUGCCUUUCUGAUGCAGAACCAAAUGGAACACCAUGGAGGAGAGACCUUCUUCCUACUCUAAGAAACCUCCGAGAGCCCUCCAGUAUCAGAAAAGAGCAUUGUCGUGGAAGGCGGUACCUGGCCAGUGGGCUGUCCUCGAGAAGACCCAUUCACUCA